AUAUAUAUACGUAUACAUUGGCGUUGAUACACAUUUCAUGUAUUAACACGAUUAUAUCAAUACUAAUUAUUAAUUCAUAUAUCAGGAUAAUUUUAAAAAAUUCUAAUUCAAAAGGAUUGCUAUAUUAUUGGCUAUUACCGGUGCAAUUUUAGUGGAAUUUUUGUGAUUUUAAGUAAAAAAAAAAAACACAUCAACAAUGGCUGGAGAACAGCAACAAUUUUUCCUCAAGUGGAAUGAUUUCCAAUCUAAUAUGGUAUCUUCGUUCAAGCAUCUGCGAGAUGAAAAAAGUUUUACAGAUGUAACAUUAGCAUGUGAUGGACAAACUUGUAGAGCGCAUAAAAUGGUACUUUCGGCAUGUAGUCCUUACUUCAAAUCUUUACUUGAGGAAAAUCCGUCCAAGCAUCCAAUAAUUAUAUUAAAAGACGUAGCUUACAACCACUUACAAGCUAUUCUUGAAUUUAUGUAUGCUGGAGAGGUAAAUGUUUCCCAAGAUCAAUUACCAGCAUUUUUAAAAACAGCAGAUCGACUCAAAGUCAAAGGACUAGCCGAAGCGCCUGGUGCCAUUAAAAGAGAGGGCUAAAACUUUGCCGAUAUUUAGUUAUGAUGUUAUUGGAAGCGUGCGGAGUGAAAAAGUGUAAUGAAUGCGUAUACAAACGAAGUGACUGGAUAAAUAAACUGGAGCGCAAAAACAUACAUAAACACAAUACAUAAACGUUAAUAAUAUCACCUUUGAUUCAAAUAACCAAUAAAAACUAAAAAUAUAACAAUACCUAUAACAUAAACAUACUUUUUUUUUAUUGUUUUCAUUUAUUCCAUUUAAGGUAAAACCAGAAAUCAUUGUUAGAAUAUUUCAUUAAAUUUGUUAACGACUGACAAGACUAAAAAAUGGUAUUGAAUUAAAGGUGAAAAAUCAACACUACACCAAUUAUAUUUUUUAUUAAGGAAAGUGCUAAAAAAUUGAUAAAUUCAAUAUUAAAUAAGCAGGUCAUCAUAGAUUUAUAUAAAAUGCUGACUGUGGACAUUUGUGAAUCAGUACAAAAAAUCAUUUAUCUAUUAAUAAUUAAUUAUUAUAACUCAAAUUUAAAUUAAUAAUAAUAACGAACCCUAAAGCCUGACAAAUAUUUUAUUUGUUUACUUAAUUAAUUUUUUAAAAGCAUUGUGUAUAUUCUAAAAGCUUUCUAUUUGUUUAUUAAUUAAUAUAAAUAUAUAAAAUAAUCAUUUAAUAAUAAUAAUAAUUAAUAUUGUAGAUUUACAAAAGUCCCGGCCAUCAGAUCAAGGGGUUUUUAAUCAACUUUGCUAGAAGUUUUAUUUUUAUUUUUCUUCUCAAUUUUUUUUCACUACUUAAUUUCUUUCAAAUAGUUUAAAAUUUUAUUUCAUUGCAUUGAUCUAAAAUAUAUAUAUAUAUAUAUUAUAGAUUACGUUAUUUUUUUAUUGAAAAAAUAAAAAUCGAACUUCUUGUAAUGGUGAUUUACCUUAACCAAAUACUGCCAGGACUGUACCGGCGUAUUUACAUUAUUACCGAUAGACCAAAUUUAUUUAUGAUAAUAAUAUAUUGAAGGUUGUUUAUCCUAUGCCGUGAAAAGUUUUAUGUAACAUUAACUGAGGAACAAAAAAAUUUUUUAAUGCCAGACUGCACAGUUCUUUUAAUCAUAUUUAGAGUACGAAUUCGUCAGUAGACGAACAAAAAAUUAAAAAAAAAAUUAUUCAAAUUAAAUGUAGUUGAAAAAAUGAGAAAAAAUAUAUUCUGAGCUCAUUUUGAAGUAUUUCAUCGCAUAAACAAACACCGUAAUUUUAAUAUUCAUUAUUUAUUAUAUUAUCACAGGGUGCAACUUAUUGGAAUUUUAUAGAUUUUUUUACGCAAAUUAUCAUUUUUUCAAGUUGAAAUAAAUAUUAGAAUCUUCUUCCAUAUUAUAUUCUUCACCUGUCUGAAGUUUAUUUUUCGAUAUAAAAAUCAGAGAUCAUUUCACUGUGAUGAUCGAAAUACUAUUUAUUUUAAGUAAUCUCGCAGUUUAAUACUUCAUCACACACAUUACAUCUAUUGUUUAGUAGUAUAUAUUUUUUAAUUGACUAAUUACAAUUGUGCAUGAGAGUUUUAUUUAAAUAGCCAUGGUCAGUCUAGGUGUUCAUUUUUUUACAAUGUAAUUUACUGUACUUUUUUAUUAGAUAUCUGUUACUUUAAUUAAUGAAUAUACUAAUAAAUAAUAAAAUAGAAUGUAUUAACACAAGGAUGCGAACACUAAAAACGAUCACAACUAAAUUUCAUUUAGUCUUUUUCCAACUGUCCGAAUUUUUAUAGUUUGUGAGACAGUAUUUUCUUAUUAAAAUAAGAUAAGACGUGUAAGUAAAAUUAUAGUAAUAUGAAAUGAUCUCUGAUAAUUCAAAAGUUGUUAAAACUAUAUCGACUCUUCUUUAUGCUUCGUUUAAUUAAAAAAAUACACACUGAAAGUGACAAAAAUUCAAUGAAUAUAAGUAUGAGAGCGCUAUAAUAUUAAAAUUUUAAAUAAAAAAAAAAUGAUAAAAUUUAUAGUCAUUCGAUGUUCUUCCUUUGUUAGUGUCAUUAAUUUUCUUUCCGUGAAUAAGAUAGGAAUAUUUUUCCUGUAAAUGAGUCUUUAUUCACUUCACAUUAAUUAGAAGUUACUUUUCUCUACAAAUAUUAUGACUCAAUGAUGAUAAUAUGAAGAUGUUGACUUAUAAAAUAAAUUGUGUAAAUAAAAAAAGGAA